AUGAAAAUAAAACAACUCUUGGUAUAAAUUGGAAAUCUCCAGACUUCAAGAUCAUAUAUUCUGGAAAUUGAAACUUCUAGGAUUUAAUACUGUUUUAAGGCUCUUGCUAUUCUUCAGAAUAAAAGUAAAGAACUUACAUUUUAUUGAAUAAGAUUUGAAUGAGUCGCGGAAGAAUGAAAACACUUUUGACCAUUUUAACUGUUUUGCCUAUUUUACUAUUUCUUCAACUUUGUGAAGCUAACAAACCCUGUGAACAACCUUUUAUAAAAAAUGGUUUCUACAAAGUUUCACAGCGACCAAUUCGAGGUUAUUUCCGGGAUGGUGUGAUCAUCUCAUACUCGUGUGAUAAUGGCUACUAUUUAGAGGGAGAAACGAAAUCAAAAUGUAUGAAUGGACAUUGGUCGACUCAAUUACCUCGAUGCAUAAAAGCAUGUGAGAGUCCCAACCACAUUGUGUAUAACCACGAGGCCUACGGUGCCAAGCUCUACAAAGUUGGAAGCAAAAUUCAUUUCAAAUGCAUCGACAACUACUACAUUCCAUCCGACGUAGGAUACACGUCUGCAACUUGUACAGAAGGGGGAUUGUGGGAUCAAGAGCCGUUUUCUUGUUACAAACACUGUGAAGAUCCUGAUAAAUAUAUAGCGGGUGACUUCUCUCCGAAAAAACCUCAGUAUAAAUAUGAAGAAAUUGUUUACUAUGGAUGUCCAAGAUCAAAAACAAAGUAUGCUUACGCCCACUGUGAAACUAAUGGGAAAUGGACUCAGUCAAAGAUAUGUCUAGAUUAUUGUAAACCACGUUCAAUUUCUCACGGAGACUACACGCCAACAUAUAAGGCUUAUAAAUUCAAUGAUAAAGUCGUCUACAAAUGUAACAACGGAUACUAUGCCCAUCCACACAAAGACGAACAUUAUUCAGUUUGCCAGAAAAACGGACAUUGGGACAAGAACGUGCCUGUUUGCAGAAAAUACUGCGAAGCCCCUUCACAUAGUACUUAUUACUAUAAUUCUUUUGACAAACAACUUUACAAAGCUGGAGAAAAAAUUUCGUUUGAAUGCCAAACUGGAUAUUACGCACCAAAACACAUAGAAUACGACCAUGCAACUUGCUUAGAAAAUGGCCUCUGGGAUCAAGAACCGUUUACUUGUUACAAAUACUGUUCUCCACAUAAUAUUCAAAAUGGCGGCUACAUUCCUGUUAAACCCACCUUUAAAUACGACCAAAAAUUGUCGUACACUUGCGAUCAUGAAUAUUACUUGCACUACAAUGGUAAAACUUACGAAAACAAUGUCUGUCAAAAGGAUGGCAGUUGGAAUUAUCAGCCUCCCGUAUGUUACAAAUACUGCGAAGCACCGCUGUAUUCCGAUUUCCAUUAUGAAAUGGAUUUUAAAAAAAUGUUGUACAAAAUCGGAGAAGAAAUUCAAUUCAUAUGUGCUAAUGGAUAUUAUGUUCCGUCAAAUAUUGACUAUGAGUCUGCAGUUUGUGGAGCGAGUGGAUUCUGGGAUCAAGAUCCGUUUGUUUGUUACAAAUACUGUCCAUCAUAUGUACUACAGCAUGGUAUUUUAAAACCAGAGUUGAAAUUUCAUGAUUACAACACGAAGCUCACUUACGAAUGUUCUGAAGAUUACUAUUUGUAUUAUGAGAAGGAUUUGUACGACCACAAUAUCUGUCAGACGAACGGAAUAUGGACGUAUGAACACCCGGUUUGCAAAAAAUCUUGCAUUGCACCCGACUCCGCAUUAUAUCACUACAAACCAUACGAAGUUACUUUGUAUAAAUACGGUGAAAAAAUAGAGUUUACGUGUACAGACGGAUACUAUGCACCAAGUCACAUCGACUACAGUUAUGCAUCUUGUGGAAAUGAUGGACUAUGGGACCAGGAACCCUUCAAAUGUUACAAGUAUUGUCAUGUUCCGGAGCAUUAUGCACACGGACGUAUCCACCCUAACAAAAUUGCCUUUAAGGCUGGAGAAAAAGCAGUUUUUAGUUGUUCUUCAGGAUAUCGAUUGAACGUUAAUUAUAACGUUGUUCUCUGUGAUAAGUCAGGACAUUGGUUGAAACAACUACCCCAAUGCAUAAAACACAAAGUUGUGAAAAUAGUGCGCAACAAGCACUAACAUAAAAGAUCAUAUUCAGCAAAAAUAGGAAUUCAGUUGGCGACGAAUCAUGAAAUAAUAGAAACAGCAAAUGUUAAGUUCUUG